CCGGGCGGCUCGGAUGUACUGUGCUGUGCGGAGCGGGAGCCAAAGGCCAAACAAAGGGAGGGGGGAUUGCCUUCAACGUUCAGGAAAUCGAAUUAUGAGGGACCUUUGUUACACUCCCCACUGCUCCGGGUUUGCUGCUAUUUUUUUAUUAGGAUUUUGAAUCCCUUUAUCCAGCUGCUUCUGAAAAGACACAUGCUGCAUUGCUGCCGUUCCCAAGAUUGUAUCUGUUCACCACGGCCGCUCGAUAACCUUCAGGAAACCGAUAGACGACCUCUAGGAUAAAUAUAAAAUAGUUUUUUUCAGACCUACUGCCCUUGUUCUGCUGCUGCUGCAUCCUAAACAUGGAGCCCAACCUGGAAUAUUACUUGGCGCAAGUGCUUCAGAAGGAUAUGGGACGUCGGCUGCAAAUUGCUCAAGACCUAAUCGAGUAUAUCAAUGAUCGUCAGAAAUCCAUCGAAUUGGAACAGGACCAGGGAAUGCUUGAUCGAAUGGUUGAUGGCCUUGCUACAGGAUGGGUCAACGCCAGUAACUUUAAGGUUGCCUUGUUUGGCAUUGAGAUUUUCUCUGCCCUGGUCUCGCGUCUUCAGGAUCGUUUUAAAUCGCAGAUUGGCACAGCCCUACCCAGCUUGAUAGACCGACUAGGAGAUGCAAAGGAUCAAGUACGAGAACAGGAUCAAAGUCUGCUGCUAAAGAUCAUGGAACAGGCAGCCACUCCACAGUAUGUUUGGGAGCGAAUAUUGGGAGGAUUCAAACACAAGAAUUUUCGAUCCAGAGAAGGGGUUUGUCUUUGCCUUAUUGCAACGUUAAAUAGUCAUGGAGCCCACAGUUUAACCCUAAGCAAAAUUGUACCCCACAUCUGUAACUUAUUAGGAGAUCCAAACAGUCAGGUCCGAGAUGCAGCAAUAAAUAGCUUAGUAGAAAUAUACAGACAUGUAGGAGAACGAGUCCGAACAGAUCUUCAUAAAAAGGGGCUCCCACAAUCACGGUUGAAUGUAAUUUUUGCAAAAUUUGAUGAUGUCCAGAAAUCUGGAAACAUGAUACUGAGUUCAACUGAUAAAAAUUUUGACGAUGAGGAUUCUGUGGACGGUAACCGACCUUCUUCUGCCAGUUCUGCAUCUUCGAAAGUUCUCACCUCCCGACGUCCCGUUGGUGUGGCUACCGGUCGUAGAUUAGCUGGGGUUGGGUCCAAGAGCACAUCAGUAAACACAGCUGCUGGUGCUGUUGAUGAGGAUGAUUUCAUUCGUGGAUUCGAAGAAGUUCCAAUAGUGCAGAUUUAUUCCAACAGAGAUCUCGAAGAAUCCAUCAAUAAAAUUCGAGAAAUUUUAUCAGAUGAUAAACAUGACUGGGAACAGCGAGUAACUGCUCUGAAAAAGAUAAGAUCUCUAAUCAUGGGCGGAGCUGCCGAGUACGAAUCUUUCUUUCAACAUCUGCGUCUUUUAGAUGGAGCAUUAAAAUUAUCAGCAAAAGAUCUGCGAUCUCAAGUUGUGCGGGAGGCUUGUCUCACAUUGGGAUAUCUCUCAUCUGUUCUGGAUCGCUUUGAUCACGGAGCAGAAUCCAUUAUGCCAACAUUAUUCAAUCUUGUUCCUAAUAGUGCCAAAAUCAUGGCCACAUCUGGCGUAGCAACUAUCAGAUUAAUCAUUCGAAAUACCCACUUCCCUCGAUUAAUACCCAUCAUCUCAAGCAACUGUGCAUCAAAGUCAGUGGCUGUUCGGAGACGUUCUUUUGAAUUUUUGGAUCGAUUACUACAAGAAUGGCAAACGCACAGCCUAGAAAAACAUGUAGGUCUUCUCGCAGAAACUAUAAAGAAGGGUAUCCAUGACGCAGACUCGGAGGCAAGGGUAGAAGCUCGAAAAGUAUACUGGGAUUUCCACGGCCACUUCAGUAGGGAAGCUGACAUCUUAUUUAAUUCAUUGGAGCCUUCCUACCAGAAAGCCUUGCAGUCUCACCUGAAAAAUUCAGACAGCAUUGUUUCCUUGCCACAAUCAGAUCGCUCGUCAUCCAGUUCACAAGAGAGUUUAAACCGCCCUCUGUCUACAAAGCGAAGUCCAACUGGGGGAAGCUCAGUAUCUCGAGCUUCCGCAGUGAGUGCAAAACCGGUCUCCAUCCCGGGGGCCCUGCAGCGUUCUCGCAGUGAUAUUGACGUGAAUGCAGCCGCUAAUGCCAAGUCUCGUUUGACCGCCACUCCAAGCAAUACACCUGGGCACUUCAGCUCAGCUGCAGCUCUACCUCCAGGAUCGUAUGCAUCCUUAGGGGUUUCUGCAAAGAAGGAUGGUCGUGUGCGCUCUAGACGGCAGAGCGCUGGGAGCACCACCAGUAUAGCCAGCACACCCGCUGACACCAGAGGCAGGAGCCGAGCUAAAGUAGUAUCUCAGUCACAGCGAUCCAGAUCAGCUAAUCCAGCAGGCGCUGGCAGUAGAUCGAGCUCCCCUGGCAAGCUAUUGGGUAGCACGUACUCCGGCAUGAGCACAGGAGCACAGCGGGUCGCAGUAGUACAACCAUCGUCUGAGAAACGCAGUAAGAUCCCACGCAGUCAAGGAUGCAGUAGGGAAGCCAGCCCCAACAGGUUGGGGUUAGAUCGCUAUGGGCUGGGACAAGCGGGUCGUUUGCCUGCCUCGGUAAACGCCAUGAGGGUUCUCAACACGAGCACAGAGGUAGAGGCUGCUGUGGCAGAUGCACUGCUGUUGGGAGACUCCAGGAGUAAGAAAAAGCCUGUGAGGAGGAGGUACGAGCCGUAUGGAAUGUACUCUGAUGAUGACGCAAACAGUGACGCCUCCAGCGCUUGUUCAGAGCGGUCCUACGGUUCCAGAAACGGAGGCAUCCCACAUUAUCUACGUCAGACAGAGGACGUGGCGGAGGUGUUAAACCAUUGCGCCAGCUCAAAUUGGUCUGAGCGGAAGGAGGGGCUCGUUGGCCUUCAAAACCUGCUUAAAAGUCAGAGGACAUUAAGCCGUGUUGAACUGAAGCGAUUGUGUGAGAUAUUCACUCGAAUGUUUGCGGAUCCUCAUAGCAAGAGAGUAUUCAGCAUGUUUCUGGAGACGUUGGUAGAUUUCAUAAUCAUCCAUAAGGAAGAUCUUCAGGACUGGCUGUUUGUACUGCUGACUCAGCUGUUGAAGAAGAUGGGAGCAGAUCUGUUAGGUUCUGUACAGGCCAAGGUUCAGAAAGCACUGGACGUCACCAGAGAGUCCUUUCCAUUUGAUCAACAGUUCAACAUUCUUAUGCGCUUUAUUGUCGAUCAAACACAAACACCUAACCUCAAGGUUAAAGUUGCGAUCUUGAAGUAUAUUGAGAGGCUGGCCAGACAGAUGGACCCAGUGGACUUUGUUAACUCCAGUGAGACCCGUCUUGCUGUUUCCCGAAUCAUAACCUGGACAACAGAACCAAAGAGCUCUGAUGUGAGAAAGGCUGCACAGAUCGUACUGAUUUCUCUGUUUGAGCUGAACACCCCUGAAUUCAGCAUGUUACUUGGUGCCUUGCCAAAAACAUUCCAAGACGGUGCCACCAAGCUCCUACACAACCACUUGAAGAACUCCAGCAACACCAGCGUGGGAUCACCCAGUAAUACAAUGGGACGCACGCCUUCACGACACUCUAGCAGCCGAACAAGCCCCCUUACAUCUCCGACCAACUGUUCCCAUGGAGGGCUCUCCCCAAGCAUGCUGGACUAUGACACAGAGAACCUGAACUCCGAUGAAAUCUAUAGCUCUCUUCGCGGAGUGACGGAAGCCAUUCAAAACUUCAGUUUCCGCAGCCAAGAGGAUUUGAACGAACCCAUCAAAAGGGAGGGGAAGAAAGACAGUGACAAUGUCUCUCGCGAUGGAGGAAUUGCGUCCCCAUCCUCUGACAUUCGUGGAGGAGGGGAACCUAUGGAGGGCGGGAGAACAGCUCUCGACAACAAAACCUCUUUGCUUAACACUCCUCCCCCGCGGUGUUUCUCUGGGCCUCGGACUCGGGAUUACAAUCCAUAUAACUAUUCAGAUACUAUCAACGCUUUUGACAAGACUGCGCUCAAAGAAGCCAUGUUUGAUGAUGAUAUGGAACAGUUCCGUGAUGUUCCCAUCGACCACUCUGAUCUGGUUGCUGACCUCCUGAAAGAACUGUCGAAUCACAAUGAGCGAGUGGAGGAACGGAAGGGAGCAUUACUGGACCUCCUAAAGAUCACCAGGGAGGACACACUUGGGGUGUGGGAUGAGCACUUCAAAACUAUUCUGCUUCUUCUCCUGGAGACCUUAGGAGACAAGGAUCACUCAAUUAGAGCACUCGCCUUAAGAGUUUUACGGGAAAUCCUACGGAACCAGCCAGCGAGGUUUAAAAACUACGCAGAACUAACCAUCAUGAAAACGCUGGAAGCGCACAAAGACUCCCACAAAGAGGUGCUAAGGGCUGCAGAAGAGGCUGCUGCUACAUUGGCAAGUUCCAUACAUCCCGAACAGUGCAUCAAAGUGCUCUGCCCCAUUAUCCAGACAGCUGACUACCCCAUCAACCUCGCUGCCAUUAAGAUGCAAACCAAGGUGAUCGAGAGGAUCACCAAGGAGUCCCUUCACCAGCUUCUUCCAGACAUCAUCCCAGGGUUGCUUCAGGGGUAUGACAACACUGAAAGCAGUGUGCGUAAAGCGAGCGUAUUUUGCCUGGUGGCAAUUUAUUCUGUAAUCGGAGAAGAGCUAAAACCUUACCUUGCACAGCUCACCGGAAGUAAAAUGAAAUUACUAAACUUGUACAUAAAAAGGGCCCAGACUACAAACAGCAACAGUAGCUCAUCGUCAGACGUAUCGAGCCACAGCUAACGAGAGCAUCGGUGGUGCUCAGUCGGACGGGAACAACCGUGCCUCUUCAGUGACCUUUCUGCUCAGAGUUUGAGAUCCACGUGCCCAUGGAGCUGAAAAAAAAUCGAUUGCUGCACAUCAGUGUUUGUUCUUAAGUAAUAUAUGCAGUUGCUUAGCUUUAAUCUUACAGCCGGUUACUUAAUCAUAAUGUGAUGCCUGUUUAACAUGUGACCUGUGAAUAGAAGAGGGCCUCAAGUGAGUCUGAUAGUCGAGUGAUAACAGCGCUGAUUUUUAGGUUAAAGACUUAUGUCACCGUAAAACCCGGGUAUGCAGAGCGCAUACUUGGCAUCGGAGUAUUACACCACGAAAUAAUCUAAUUUGAAGUAUUAUGUAAAAAAAAAAUAAGAAAGCACAGCUCUUUCCCUGUGUUUAUUCUUUGCAUUUCACUCGAUUUUGAAAUCGCCAUAAAUAUAUUUUAGCGAGUUGCUGUUUAGUUCUAGCCAAGUUUGUUGCUGAGCCAAGCAUCGUACUGGAGUUUUUACCGAUGCAAAAAAAAAAAAAAAAAAUGAGAGCAGUUUGCCAAUGUUCACAUUUCAUUCCUGAACUGCAUUGCUGUACAAGGGGAGCCCGACAGACCAGGGCACAAAGUCGACCAUUAUGCACAGCAAAAUAAACAAGACACUGGUGACUUUAUUGGACAGUGGGCAGCACUGUGUAAGCUAACAAGUUGACCCACUGUAAUUCAGAAUGUUUUUGAACAUUUUAUAUCCUCUCUCAUCCUUGUUCCACACACCACCCCACCACCACCACCUCCCUGAGCACUGAUUGCCCUUCUUGAUUGAGCCACUUUGUCACUCCAACACUGUUCUUCCGCUUUACAGAAGCGCAGGCCAAAAUAGGUUGCCUGGAGGGAACUUCUGCCCCUUUCAUUCCUCCCAUGACUUAGUUCCGUCAGCUCUGCAGUGUAAUGGUGUUGGUAAGAAUCAAUGAGGCUCGAUCAAGUAGGGCAGUUGAGCUCAAAUGAUUAGUCGCUGGUGGGGUUUGAACUUGCAGUUGGAGGUCUCACUGUCCUAUAGCUACAGAGCCACUCAUUCAUCUACACCCGCAACCUGUUCAACUAAUAAUAACGUUGCUUGUUGGGACCCACAAGCAUACACAAGUCUAUCUCAAAAUGUGAGUUAGGAAAGCAGUGUGUAAUUUAGCAGGUCUACGUUACCAUUCCUCUGAUUAUUUUAGAGUGAGGUGGGAAGGAAGAGCAGUUGAAAUGACCGUGCACGAGUUGGGAUAAUUGCCUUAAGUUAAAUUCAGGUCCACGUUCCAAACUUGGCCAGCCAAACAGCGAUUCACAGAAGAUUCUUUUCUGUUGUGUUGCGGCAGAUUCCAGGUAACUCGAUAGGAUCUGUAUUUAUAACUUAUCACUAAUCAAUGAUUCUUAUUUAUCCUCCGUGUAUUAUGAGUAAGGGAAGCCAGGAAUAGGAACUCCUGUCUCUUUUCAAUUCAUUUUAUUGAAGUUCCAGGGACUCUCCCUGCCUGCAUCUUAUAAAAGUGACUCCCCCCACCCCAUCAAACGAGCGCACGUGCACACACACACACAUAUGUUCAGUUCUUUUCUGUCACACCUUCAGCAGUAAUUGGACUAGUUGCUUGUGUUUUUUACAGUCUGUUUUGGGACUGGAGGCAAAAGAAAUUUCUUGCGAUUUUUUUCAUCACUGAGUAUUGUAUUCUUUUACUUUCUUGGCGUUAUUUACAGUAAUUCUAGGUUUAAAAUUCCCCAUUAGCUGCGGGAAAUUGUUCCUUGCGACCGAGGUUAGUCCCUACCUUCACCACUUCGCAGCUUACGAAUCCUGAUAGAAAUUCCAAGGAAGGUGGAAAUGCCAAACUGAGCUCUGCACUCGUCCAGGCUGACAUAAUAAUAAUUCUUGCAUUUCUCUAUCCAAUGCAAAACCAUGAGGUGGGCGUCUGAGAAGCCCGAAUGUAAACAGAGAAACGGAAAAAUUCUAAGAGAUUCCUGUCUCAAUUAGGUAGUUUCUCCUCAAAGCAAUCAAAGGCCUCAAAAGCAUCAGUAGGAAUAGGAGGGCAGCCGAAACCCUUUCUCUUCGGUGACUUGCCUUCUUCCAGGGUGGAGCUGAGUAAAGGGCACAAUGUGAAAACAGGGAGCAAAGCACUGCCAAUGAUGCUACGGCCAGAAUAGAAGCCAACAUUAAUUGUUAUGCUAACAGAUGAAAAGGCCUUGUACAAUUUCCCCCAGCUCCGUUUUAUGCUGUUGGAAUAAGAACCUUUCUGUCUCCAUCUACUGAUCCACUCCUGGACAAGCCUGGAGUUAUACAGUAGUUAUAAAUUAAGGUGCCUGGCUCUCAUUUGAACACUAUUUCUCUGAUCAAAGAUACAAAUUAUAGCCACCAGAGGAUGCUCUUAUAAGAUACAAGAAGGGAAGGUUAUGUGGGGUCUUUUUAACGGGAUGCUUGUCCUUGCGAUUUUUUUUUUUUCAAUUGCAUGUCAUACUCAAUGAUACACAGAGGAUAACAUUCACUUAAGAUGAGUCGAUGCCUGCAGGUAAGUAAUUUGGAUGAUAUUCCUGCUCAUCAUUCCUUGGUUUCUCACUUGUGACAAAAGAAGGAGCAACAGCAGACAUUCAAAUGUAAACUCGAGUCUUUUAUACAUCUUAUUCAUUAAAUUCAAGCGAAGUCAUGUAAUAGCUAACGAACUGACUGGUCAUGUUCAAUGUGAUACUAACAUUGUUGGUUUAAAAACUGUCAGCUAUUUAUGUCACAUAUGCUACGUGAGCCUUGUCAGUUCUUUAGUACUGUAUUUUGUAUGUUACUCGAGUGAAACAUGCAAAACAUUUUAGUUCCUUCAAAGUUACUUUCUUGAAAUUAAAGACAUGACAUGUACUGUAUUAUGUAACGACUUGCUUCAUAGUUUUGGUUUAUAUAAAACAGUAGUAUUAAAAUUGACGAAUGUAGAUCCUU